UUAUCAAAGCAUACUCUUGUUAAAUAUGUACAUGUAAUAUCAAACCGUUUUUGCAUCUCAAUCUUUUGCGUUGCAGACAACCGAGUUUCGAUUUGCUAGCUCAAACAAGAUUUAUUUGUGGUCAAGUUAUAAAUUCCUGAACUUUGAAGCAAUAUUUUGGUUGGAAAUACAAGAUUUCAAGGCUAUUACAGUAAUCGUCUGAUCCUGAAAAGGUGAACAUGAAGCCACAGCAAGCUAGAUUAGCAAAGAAACUUGAAAAUAAACCGAUAUGGCGGAGAUAUAUAAGUUAUAUCAAUUUUCCUAAGCUAGGCCAAUACGUUGGCCUCUCACUUGGUAUUUGGUUUGCAGGCAAAUAUAAUUUCAGUUCUGCAUGGAUUGCCAUGGGGCUUCUGGUAUUUGUCUGGUGGGAUUUUGAAAACAGGGAGAAGAGGCUCCGACGUAAACGUAUUCAGAAAUCAGUCAAUGUUGCUGGUGUAAAGAUGGAAAACCUUCCUUCUUGGGUGUUUGUUGAAAGUUCAGAACGUGUUGUUUGGAUGAAUAACAUGAUCCAUCAUAUGUGGCCGUACAUUGGUGCAAUGGUUAAAAAGAUCUUAAAGGAAAAUGUAGAACCUGCCAUGCAGGCAAGCUUACCCUCAUCACUGAGUAGCCUUACCUUUGAGACAAUCUCUUUUGGUCAAGUUGCUCCAAAAAUCACUGGUAUCAACAGCUACGCCCCUGAAGAUGCUCCAGAUGAAUUCAUUCUUGAUCUAGAUCUUCUCUAUGAAGGUGAUGCAAAAAUUAAGCUCUGUGUAAAAUCUGUUAACAUGGGUGUAUCAGACAUCCAACUCCGUGGAGUGUUGCGAGUGAUUUUCAAGCCAUUUGUUGGAGAACCAAAUCCUAUUGGUGGUCUCACAGUCUUCUUCCUAAAUCGACCAAAAAUCAAGUUUGAUCUGAUCAACCUUCUGAACGUUCUUGAUAUUCCUGGAUUGAAAAGCAAACUCCGAAGUGUUGCCGAAGAUGUCAUCUGCUCAAUCAUGGUUCUUCCCAAUCGUAUUGUUGUUCCAAUGUCACCGGAACUGGUUGCUGACGAUAGCGACCUACGUUACCCAAUACCUGAAGGUGUUGUCCGAAUGAACUUAAUUGAAGCAAAAGAGUUGGUAAAAAUGGAUUCCGCAUUAAAAGGAGGUGCUGCAGAUCCUUAUAUUAUCUUAGAAGUUGGUGCUCAGAAAUUUCGUACAAAAACCUGUAAGAACACACUUAAACCUGUUUGGAAUGAAGUCUAUGAAGCAUAUGUUGAUAAUGACGAAGGCCAGGAAAUUACAAUGGAGAUGUUUGAUGAAGAGAAGACAUCAAAAGAUUGCAAAAUGGGGACACUUGAAGUUGAUAUAACCUCCGUAGCACAGCAUGGUAGCAGAGAUCUGUGGUUACCUUUGGAUGGUGUGAAAAGCGGCGUGGUCCACCUUAACCUGACUUGGUGUAAGCUAAGUUCCAAAGCUGCCGACCUCAAGCCAGUUGGCUCAUCUCUGUCAAGUGCACUCCUGAUGGUAAAGAUAAAACAAGGGAAGAACCUACCCAAUCCCUUGAAAUCCAAAGAUAUCCCUGCAGUGUUCUGUAAAGUUACCAUUGAAGACAUGGAAAAAGAAACCUACCAUGUUGGCCCGAAUGCAGAGACGCAAAACAUCGACUGGAAACAAGCUCUAAGGUUUCUUGUAAAGAAUCACACAAAAGCCUCAAUCAAGAUAGAAGUUAUUGAAAGCAAAGGGACAAAGAAGAUUGGUUCAGUACUUGUUCCUGUGAUGACAGUAGCUGAAGCAAAUGAUAUGGUUCUGGAGAAGGAAUUCAACCUCACUGACUCCGGUGGUAAAGGAAGUCUUGCAUGCAAGUUCACCUUACGUGCAUUGGUCCCUGGUGCAAAAGAGAUUUCAGGCGGUGUGAGAAAGCGUACUGUAAAGUAUUCUGAGCGCUCAUCUGUCUCAGAUGUUCCCUCUCCUACAACUCCCAAGGUGAUGGUCAAUGAUUCUAUGGAAGAGAUGUCACCAUUUGAGGAAGAUCGUCUGUCAACCAGCUCAUCUCCCAGAGGAAGUAUGUAUGACAUCAGCAGUGGUGGUGGAUCUAGAGACAACCUUGCUAACUACGGCAAGCUUGAGUUAUCUCUGAGCUACAGUCAUGUACGAAAUUGCUUGGAAAUAACAGUGAUCGCUGCACAUGAUCUUCCUGCCAGAGAAUCAAAAGGAAAGACCAGUCCCUAUGUCAGAAUGUAUCUAUUACCAGAUCGUUCUAAGAAGUCCCGCCGUGAGACCGCGCCCAAGGAGGGCACCCUUAACCCUGUGUAUGGAGAGAAGUUUGAGUAUAUUACCUCGUUGCAAGAGCUGAGAGAUUGCACCCUCGAUGUCGCUGUCAAGAAUCACAAGUCCAAAUUCACGUCUCGUCGCAAACGUAAUUUCAUUGGGCAAGUCAGGAUCUCGUUGUCAUCCCUUGAUCUGUCAAAAGAGCAGAAGAUAAUAUACACUUUGGUCAAGUGGACCCCACGGUGAAGAUCCACACUUGAACUUGACUACACCGAACACGACAUCGUUAACUUCAGUUUAGAUAUUUAGGCUAGAAUAUUUUUCAUUAAACAAUUCAUAAGAACGUUUGAUAGUUUAGCAUAAAACAUGUAGACUGACUCUUCUCUUCAUAAGAACGUUUGAUAGUUUACCAUAAAACAUGUAGACUGACUCUUCUCUUCAUUGCUGUAUUCUUGUAUUACCUACUAUUAGUGAUAAUAAAAUUUA